AUGCGCCGUCGAUGCGCAUGGAAAAUAUACGAACUUUUUGAGUACUCCGGAAUCGAGGACCAACGAGAUCUCAAAGAAUUUUUCACUUGGAUUUUGAACAACUACGGUCAGGCUCAAACUUUGCCACCGUCGUCCACCACGAAAACAAACCUCCAAAUGAAAGGCACGCUCUCGCAUAAUUUUGAGCGACGUCUUCAAAAAAUGAGCCUCAUGGCAAAGUCCGAUUCUCGAUGCAAAGGCCACUCCUUCCGCUCGCGCGGUUCGUGUGAACACUCACGCCUCAACAAUGACUACAUUCAGAAUAUAAUUGAUUUUCAGAAACAGGACAAGAUUCUGGAUCCCGAACUCGUCAGCGAUGUGUUGGAAGAAGCGACUGUUAUUCUUCAGGCAGUUCCAAAUAUUCAGACGGCUUCAACAACAUUGUCACAACGAAUUACGAUUUGUGGAGACCUCCACGGUCAAGUAGAGGACCUAACUCUCAUUUUUAAUAUGAACGGCCUUCCUGAUAUUUUUAACCCAUACAUAUUCAAUGGGGACUUUGUUGAUCGCGGUAGUCAUUCAAUGGAAGUCCUCAUCAUCCUACUCUGCUGUCUGAUUGCUCAUCCCUCUGCGGUUUAUCUUAAUCGAGGCAAUCAUGAGGAUCCAGUUUUAAAUAAACGGUAUGGAUUUGCGGACGAAAUUCGUUUAAAAUAUCCGUUUUCUUCAGUCCUGCAACCCCCUCUAGAAGGUGAGAAGGCGGUACCUAUCGAGGAUUGGCGACAGAUCCUUGAUUUAUUGUGGAGCGAUCCUCAGACGAUGACCGGCUGCAAACCAAAUAUCAAACGCGGAGGAGGCAGCUACUUCGGACCAGAUGUAACCGCCAGCCUCUUAAGCCAUCUCAAGAUCGGCAUUCUUAUACGCUCACACGAAUGCUGUCCUAAUGGCUGGAAACUCGACCACAAUAAAAAGGUCCUGACCGUAUUCUCCGCCUCCGAUUACUACGGCCCAAACAGCAAUUUGGGUGCAUUCGUCCAACUAUCCUCCCAGCGCGUUGUAAGCGCUGCACAAGUCGAGGCUAAAAUCAGCAUCGCCGAACCAGCCGAGGAAACAAUCCGUGAUUUGCCCCCGUUUCAACAACAAGGAAAGGUCAGAACGGCUUACGACACCAGCUCCAUCAUAUUUACACGCAUAAUCAAACAGGCUGACAACAGAGAGGACUCAGGGACAGGACAAAAACACAUCACAGAAACGCUAAUUAUACCUCGUGUAGUGACGUUUCGUGCCGGAAACCUAAGGCAAUUUCAAACUAAUCUCAGCAGAAAGAAUUCAAGUGACGUGGCUUUUCGAAUGCUCCUUAAACGAAUCAUGAGUCGAAAGUCGAGUAUUUUGGCCGCGCUGCAUGAAUACGACAAAAGGCGGACUGGUAACUUAGCAAAUUUUUUUAUUAAGAGAAAACUUACCAGUGAAUGUUACGCGAAUUUGGAUGAAUUGGUUUCAAUUUUCAAGCAAUUUGACAAUGAAAACAAUGGCUUUGUGAGUGUAGAGAACUUCAAGGAGAAAUGCAAACAACUUUAUUCAGAUAAAGGGAUCACCUCAAAUUCCUCUACCAUUGCUAAGCUCGCAAUGCUUCUAGAUUUUAACAACGAUGGAAUUAUUGAUUUCAACGAAUUUAUUGAGGGUUCUCGACUUGUGCAAGAAAACUGUAAGUUGGUUAGUUUUUUUUUUGUUGAAUUACUACAUUCUACCGACAACCCUACCUUUAAACAGUUCAAAAUACCGCAUAUUACAGUCACUAGGAGUCCUACGCAAAAUGAAACACAUUUUGAAAGGCAACUUCUAAACACCUUUUUUUAA